AGCAGCUGUACUUCCGCCAGGUGAGGAGGCCGUGAUCGCAGCCUCGGGGCUCCCACCCGGCUGUCGCCUGAUCAGACUUAGGAUUGAAAGUGCUUGAAAAGAGUGAUCCAAAAUGCCUGAAAACCCUGCUGCAGAGAAAAUGCAGGUCCUGCAGGUCCUCGACCGCCUGAGGGGGAAGCUGCAAGAGAAGGGAGACACGACGCAGAACGAGAAGCUGUCUGCGUUUUAUGAGACGCUGAAGAGCCCUCUCUUCAACCAGAUCCUUACACUGCAGCAGUCCAUCAAGCAGCUGAAGGGACAGCUCAGCCAUAUCCCCUCAGAUUGUUCAGCCAACUUUGACUUUUCUCGGAAGGGCUUGUUAGUGUUCACGGAUGGUUCCAUUACAAAUGGGAAUGCCCACAGGCCUUGUAGUAGUAUAACUGCAUCUGAAUCGUUGCCUUGGACUCAAAGAUCAGGAAAUGAAGACUUUACCUCAGUCAUUCAGCAGAUGGCUCAGGGCCGGCACAUUGAGUAUAUAGAUAUAGAACGCCCUUCAACUGGAGGCCUUGGAUUCAGUGUGGUGGCUCUGAGAAGCCAAAGUCUGGGAUUAAUUGACAUCUUUGUGAAGGAAGUCCAUCCGGGGAGUGUAGCAGACAGGGAUCAGAGAUUGAAGGAAAAUGACCAGAUUUUGGCCAUUAAUGACACCCCAUUGGAUCAGAAUAUUUCCCAUCAGCAGGCGAUUGCAUUACUACAACAAGCCACUGGAUCUCUGCGGCUGGUUGUGGCCAGGGAAGUGGGCCACACACAGAGCCGAACAUCCACCAGCUCAGCUGAUACAACUCUGCCAGAAACGGUGCGUUGGGGCCACACUGAAGAUGUUGAGCUCAUUAAUGAUGGCUCUGGAUUAGGUUUUGGGAUAGUUGGAGGCAAAUCCAGUGGUGUGGUCGUGAGGACUAUUGUCCCUGGAGGAUUGGCGGACCGAGAUGGAAGACUACAGACAGGGGACCACAUCUUAAAGAUUGGAAGUACAAACGUGCAAGGAAUGACCAGUGAACAAGUUGCUCAGGUGCUAAGAAAUUGUGGGAAUUCAGUGAGGAUGCUGGUGGCCAGAGACCCUGUUGGUGAAAUUGCAGUAACACCUCCGACGCCUGCAUCCUUACCUGUUGCCCUCCCUGUUGUAGCCACAAGGACCCUUGGUUCUGACAGUUCUCCUUUUGAGACUUACAAUGUUGAACUUGUCAAAAAAGAUGGACAGAGUCUUGGGAUUAGAAUUGUUGGCUAUGUUGGAACAGCUCAUCCAGGGGAAGCUUCAGGGAUUUAUGUGAAAAGUAUAAUCCCAGGCAGCGCUGCAUACCACAAUGGCCAAAUUCAAGUGAACGAUAAAAUUGUGGCUGUGGAUGGUGUGAAUAUUCAGGGUUUUGCCAAUCAGGACGUUGUUGAAGUUCUGCGGAACGCAGGGCAGGUGGUGCACCUGACCCUAGUUCGAAGGAAAACAUCUUUAUCUGCUUCUCCAUUUGAACAACCUUCAAGCAGAGAAGCUGUUGCAGAACCACCUGAAGUGCCAGAACUAACUGGAUCCCUGAAACCAGAAACUAAUUCGAGAAUGGAAGCAGAGGAAAUCGGAGAAAGACUGGAUAAUCUGAGAAAGGACACCGUACAAGCCUUAGAAAAACCAGACGUAUAUCCAGAGGACAUCCCAGGCUGUCCAGAAAAUGAGCUGAAAUCCAGAUGGGAAAACCUACUGGGCCCAGAUUAUGAAGUAAUGGUAGCCACGUUGGACACGCAGAUAGCAGAUGAUGAGGAGCUUCAGAAGUACUCCAAGCUGCUGCCUAUCCACACUCUGAGGCUUGGUAUGGAGGUGGACUCCUUCGAUGGGCACCACUAUAUCUCCUCCAUUGCUCCUGGGGGUCCUGUGGAUACCCUGAACCUCCUGCAGCCAGAGGAUGAGCUUCUCGAGGUCAAUGGCGUGCAGCUUUAUGGGAAGUCUCGCCGAGAAGCAGUCUCCUUUCUUAAAGAAGUGCCCCCACCAUUUACCUUGGUUUGCUGCCGCCGGCUGUUUGAUGACGAGGCCUCAGUUGAUGAGCCGAGAACUGUGGAACCUUCUCUUCUUGAGGCAGAGGUCGACCGCAGUGUAGAUGUCAGCACUGAAGAUGAUGAUGGAGAAUUAGCCCUGUGGUCUCCUGAAGUCAAGACUGUGGAGCUGGUCAAAGACUGCAAAGGCUUAGGAUUCAGCAUUUUGGAUUAUCAGGACCCCCUGGAUCCCAUGAGGUCAGUGAUUGUGAUUCGCUCCUUGGUGGCAGAUGGCGUAGCAGAAAGAAGUGGAGAACUUUUGCCUGGAGAUCGCCUAGUCUCCGUCAAUGAGUUCUCUCUGGACAAUGCCACUCUUGCUGAGGCUGUGGAAGUGUUGAAGGCUGUACCCCCAGGUGUGGUGCACCUUGGCAUCUGUAAGCCUUUGGUGGAGGAGGAGAAGGAGGAGAAGGAGGAACAUUUUAUUUUCCAUUCAAACAACAAUGGAGAUAACAGUGAGUCUCCAGAAACCGUUCACGAGAUCCACUCAUCUUUAAUCCUCGAGGCACCCCAGGGAUUUAGAGAUGAGCCGUAUCUUGAAGAACUCGUGGAUGAACCUUUUCUAGAUUUGGGAAAGUCUUUGCAGUUCCAACAAAAAGACAUGGACAGCAGCUCAGAAGCCUGGGAAAUGCAUGAAUUCCUGAGCCCUCGGCUGGAGAGAAGGGGUGAGGAAAGAGAGAUGCUUGUUGACGAGGAGUAUGAGAUCUACCAAGACCGCCUCCGGGACAUGGAAGCACACCCACCACCUCCUCACAUUCGGGAGCCCACUUCUGCAUCUCCCAGGCUGGAUCUCCAGGCCGGCCCCCAGUGGCUGCAUGCUGACCUCUCAGGAGGAGAGAUACUCGAGUGUCACGACACAGAGUCCAUGAUGACUGCUUAUCCCCAGGAGAUGCAGGACUAUAGCUUCAGCACCACAGACAUGAUGAAAGAAACAUUUGGCCUUGACUCCCGGCCGCCCAUGCCCUCCUCUGAAGGAAAUGGUCAGCACGGCCGAUUUGAUGACUUGGAACAUCUUCACUCACUAGUGAGCCACGGCCUGGAUUUAGGCAUGAUGACUCCAAGUGACUUGCAAGGCCCUGGCGUGCUUGUAGAUCUUCCAGCUGUCACCCAAAGAAGAGAACAGGAAGAGUUGCCCCUGUACCGACUCCCCAGUGCCCGUGUGGUCACCAAGCCUUCCUCGCACGUGGGAAUGGUGUCUUCACGACAUGCAAAUGCUGCAUGUGAAUUACCUGAGAGAGAGGAAGGUGAAGGAGAGGAAACACCGAACUUCAGUCACUGGGGCCCACCAAGAAUUGUUGAAAUCUUUAGAGAACCUAAUGUGUCUCUUGGCAUCAGCAUUGUUGGUGGACAAACAGUUAUAAAACGCCUCAAGAAUGGAGAAGAACUCAAGGGUAUAUUCAUCAAGCAAGUGUUAGAAGACAGUCCUGCGGGGAAGACCAAGGCCCUUAAAACUGGAGAUAAAAUACUUGAGGUGUCUGGUGUAGACCUGCAGAAUGCCUCGCAUGCAGAAGCCGUGGAGGCAAUCAAGAGUGCAGGGAACCCUGUGGUGUUCGUGGUACAGAGCCUGUCAUCCACCCCAAGGGUCAUCCCAAGUGUGAAUAACAAAGGCAAAACACCUCCCCAGAAUCAGGACCAAAACACUCAAGAAAAGAAAGCUAAGAGGCACGGAACAGCUCCACCGCCAAUGAAACUGCCCCCACCUUACAGAGCUCCCUCUGCAGACACUGAGGAGAGUGAAGAAGACAGUGCCCUGACCGACAAAAAGAUCAGGCAAAGAUAUGCAGACCUGCCUGGAGAAUUGCACAUCAUCGAACUGGAAAAGGAUAAGAAUGGACUGGGACUCAGUCUCGCUGGCAACAAGGACCGGUCACGGAUGAGCAUAUUUGUGGUGGGGAUUAACCCAGAUGGACCUGCUGCUGCAGAUGGACGGAUGCGGGUUGGAGAUGAGCUGCUAGAGAUAAACAAUCAGAUCCUUUAUGGAAGAAGUCAUCAGAAUGCAUCUGCCAUUAUUAAGACUGCCCCGACCAGGGUCAAACUGGUUUUCAUUAGAAACGAAGAUGCAGUCAAUCAGAUGGCCGUCGCUCCCUUCCCCGUACCAUCACAUUCCCCAUCGCCUGUUGAGGAUCUGGGUGGCACUGAACCUGUCAGUAGUGAGGAAGACAGCAGUGUGGAUGCUAAACCCCUGCCUGAAAGAGAAAGCUCCAAGCCGGAAGACCUGACCCAGGCGGUUGAUGACAGCAUGGUGGCAGAGCAGGAGAAGGCAUCAGAGUCACCUGACAGUGCUGCCCGCCAGAUGAAACAGCCAGGAUACUCAGCACAAGUCUCCUCCAGCUCACAAGAGAUCCCGUCAGCACCAGCUCCCUUGUGUCAGUCAACACAUGCAGACGUCACAGGCUCUGGUAACUUCCAGGCUCCCCUCUCAGUGGACCCUGCUCCUCUCUCAGUGGACCCUGCAACAUGUCCCAUUGUCCCUGGCCAAGAAAUGAUCAUAGAAAUAUCCAAGGGGCGCUCCGGGCUUGGACUCAGCAUCGUUGGAGGAAAGGACACGCCUUUGGAUGCUAUCGUUAUCCAUGAAGUCUAUGAAGAAGGUGCAGCAGCCCGAGAUGGAAGAUUAUGGGCUGGAGACCAGAUAUUAGAGGUUAAUGGGGUUGAUCUGAGGAGCUCCAGCCAUGAAGAAGCCAUCACAGCCCUGAGGCAGACGCCCCAGAAGGUGAGGCUGGUGAUAUACAGAGAUGAAGCACAGUACAGAGAUGAGGAGAACUUGGAGGUGUUCCUUGUGGAUCUGCAGAAGAAGACUGGCCGAGGACUAGGCCUGAGCAUUGUUGGGAAACGGAGUGGAAGCGGAGUGUUCAUCUCUGACAUUGUGAAAGGCGGAGCCGCAGACCUCGAUGGGAGGCUAAUUCGAGGAGACCAGAUCUUGUCUGUGAAUGGAGAGGACGUGAGACAAGCCUCACAGGAGACAGUGGCCACCAUCCUGAAGUGCGUCCAGGGCCUUGUCCAGCUGGAGAUUGGGAGACUCCGAGCCGGUUCCUGGGCCUCCUCGAGGAAGACCUCACAGAACAGCCAGGGAGAUCAGCACAGUGCACACAGCAGCUGUCGGCCUUCCUUUGCCCCAGUCAUCACCAGCCUACAAAACCUGGUUGGCACAAAAAGAUCUUCAGAUCCUCCCCAGAAAUGCACAGAGGAGGAACCACGGACUGUUGAGAUAAUCAGAGAGCUCAGUGAUGCUCUUGGAGUCAGUAUCGCUGGAGGAAAAGGAAGUCCUUUAGGAGAUAUACCGAUAUUUAUUGCCAUGAUUCAGGCCAAUGGAGUGGCCGCACGUACCCAGAAGCUGAAGGUUGGAGAUCGGAUUGUGAGCAUUAAUGGACAACCUCUGGACGGACUGUCUCACACAGAUGCCGUUAAUCUACUAAAGAACGCCUUCGGGCGCAUUAUCCUGCAGGUCGUGGCAGACACCAACAUCAGCGCCAUAGCGACUCAGCUUGAAAUGAUGUCUGCAGGCUCCCAGCUUGGCUCUCCCACUGCUGACCGACAUCCGCAAGACCCGGAGGAGCUGUUGCAGAGGACCGCCGAUUAAAGCGAGGUGGGCAGCUCUUCAGUGGUGUUACCCGGAAGGCGUUACCCGGAAGGCGUUACCCAUGAGCAAGCUGUCUCCAUUCUAAAGCAGCAGAGAGGGGCCGUGGCCCUGCCUGCUGCUGCCGCCGUGAGCUACGGGUCCUGACUUUUUAACGAGAAUACAGCAGAAUUAUGCGGCUUCCGGUUGGGAUGAAAAGUUGCCUCGGCUCAAACCCAGUAUCAUCAUUGGCUCUGAUUCUGUUUACAGAAACUGGAGCUGUGGUCUCUGCUUCCUACUCACAUCCCCGGUUCCCACAGAGGCUUAACUGCAAACUCCUGUGGUUUCAUCUAAUGAGUAGAAACAAAGGUUUAGCUUGUCAUCUUAACUCGUGAUUUACUUAUGCUAAUUUGCCUCUUCAAAUAAACCAGAAAACAUUAGCAGUGUAAUUAACUUCCUCGCAAUGAACUAUUCAUAUGCUACCGCUGGGAAUUACAGCAGACUGUUCUGUGUGACUCAGUCAAGUGGACCUCCCGUCCCUGUCUCCGGAUAGGUCUGUAUGUUAGCCGUUGGCGAUUCUGAGGAGUCCAUUUACAGACGCUGUAAGCUACUCACCAUCCUAAUAGGCUUUGUUUCUGAGUUUGACAGCGCACACUCCACAGGAACAAGUAGCCCUCCUGUUUGUGUUCUAUCCACACUAGCUCACAUUACUGGGAAGCUACUGGGAGUGAUGGGCAUCUUAGCAGGUCAAAAUCACCGGUUCCCAACCCCUGCAGACUGCAGGCGAGGAGGUGGAAACCCUAGACCACACUGCAGAGAUAAGCAAGUUUGAGCGGCCUCAGCCCUAUUGGAAGCGAGUUACAAGUUUGGUUUGCCUCUCCUUCGCCUUCAUACCAGUCUGCAGAGGGCUGUGUGCAGCCCUUGAACAUAAAGGAACUGAGCAAAUGCCCUGGGAAUCAGACACAGAAGUGCUUAGCCCGAGUUUCCCAGUCUCCGCUUCCUAUUGGCUGAAGUUCUGUAGCUGAAACAGCAACUGUGGCUGAAGCCUAAGAGUGCUUGUAGAGUGAAAGGGGCUGGGAAGGGAGAUGCUCGUCACUGAGAACAAAGGAAAGUGCCAUGAAGGGUGAGUACAGGGUCAGCAGCAGACAUAGUUUAGCAUCCUAGAACUAUAACUCAGUGCAGCAGAUUGCUCAGCAAUUACCCGGAGUUUAAUGGGCCCUAAUUUAAAAUGUUAUUUAACUAGUGAGGAUGUUAACUGAAGUUCCCUUUGAGUAGAUGUAAUCACAAAGUGCACUGACUCUUGUUGAGAUAUUUUUCGUGGCUAUUAGAAAGUGCAGAAUGCCUCACUUUUAUGCUGACAGCGUAUUGCGAUGACCGGCAUUAAGGUUUUUUGAGAUUCUAUAGGUUUUUUUAGAAUUUAUAAUGUAUCUAAGAUACAUGGUUUGGUUAGCAUCUCAUCCCCAGUUCAUGAGAAGCCACCAACCUCAGUGUCCUGUGUGAAUGGUACCCACAAGAAGACCUCAAGCAGCAGAAACCAAAUGAAGCCCAAUGAAAGUGCACCUUAAACAAUAAAGAUAGUGACAUUAAUGCUUUCCAAGUGGGAUCCCGCUCACUUUUAAUGGAAUGGAAUGGCGUUAAAUACACAUAUUGAAAUAACGUGUUGUUUUGUCUUCAUUUAUACAUCAUCUGUUUAGGGGAUGCCUCUCGAAGUCUAUUAAUGUAGUAACUGAUACUUGAUGCAUCGAGUUCCUCAGGGACCCAGUGAGUAAUUGCUGUGCCCGAAAUGGUGUGAUCCCUUCAGAGCUUCCUACACACCGAGAAUGCCACAAUUGACAAGAGGAAUUUUCUAAAAAUUACACAUACUACAUUUUUGGCCCUUUAAGCCUAGUAUUAGUGUUGUUAAUUGGAGUGAGUCCAAGAGGUAAGCAAACUAGAAAACUAAAAGUUCAGAGUGGUUUUCAUGUAGAUGUUUCUAAAGGUUCUGAAUAAAGCAGCUGCCUAAGGAGCAAGAAGAGACACGGUUGGUGCUGUCCACGUUUUA